GUUUGUAAGAAACCGCAUAAGGAUUUAAAAAAUUCAUGCUUUGAUUCCAAAAUAUCGGAACGAAUGGAACAUUUGGUCACUGCUACUCAGAAUUUCCACAACAAUGAGGAACAAGAUUUAGGUUUGGAUUCUUCUACUAGGGAUGUUGAAACAAACGAACCCGAACCCGAAGACCUGCUAGUUGAAGACACUUCCAAUAAUGCUUUGAAUAUGGAUACAAUAUUUUCACCUGUUCUGGAUGAUGAACUGUAUUCAGAAACUGAUCGAGUAUUUGUGGCAGGAAACAAUGUGCAAUGGGAAAUGCCUAGGUGGGGAGCUGAUGAGAGCAGCAGCAAUCAAUCUUGCAACGAUUCUGAUUACUUUCUUUCUGAUGUGCUGAUUGCAAGCUUGCCAUUUUAUGAGACUGGAAAUGUUGAUUUUUUCACUGAGAUAAGUCCCUUGCCUCGUUGUAUCUUUCCAGAGACAAGUGCGUUACUAGAUGUAGCUGAGCAGUACAUGCUAUUACCUUACUUAGAAGAUGGAUCAGCCAGCAGUGAUGAUGUUAAGUCUGAUGAGGAUAGCAGGAUUAAUGUUGAUAGACAUGACAUGUUUAUGGCUUUCAAUCGGUCAAGAUCACAAAACUUGGAAGCUGCAGAUGCUCACGCUGAAGCUGAACAAACUGAAGAUUUUGAUCCUCAGCUUUUCUUAAGAAAUCAACCGGAAUUAUCUGAUGUCGUAUUCAAUUAUUUCCCUGAUAUGCAGCCUAAUGACUCUUUAAAAAGGAAGGCGGUAACCCUUGUUCUCGAUUUGGAUGAAACUCUGGUCCAUUCGACUCUGGAAGCCUGCAGAGAUACAGACUUUUCCUUCAGAGUGUCUUUCAAUAUGCAAGAGAACAAUGUUUACGUCAAACAAAGGCCACACCUUUAUAGGUUCUUAGAGAGGGUGGUUGAACUUUUUCAUGUUGUCAUCUUCACAGCUAGUCACAGCAUCUAUGCGUCUCAGCUUCUAGAUAUAUUGGAUCCAGAUGGGAAGUUUAUAUCGCAACGUUUUUACCGAGAUUCAUGCAUUCUUACAGAUGGGAUUUAUAGCAAGGAUUUAACUGUUUUGGGUCUUGAUCUGGCAAAAGUGGCUAUAAUUGACAACUGUCCACAGGUGUACAGAUUGCAAAUAAACAAUGGGAUCCCUAUCAAAAGUUGGUAUGAUGAUCCAACUGAUGAUAGUCUGAUUACAGUACUUCCCUUCUUAGAGUCAUUGGCUGAUGCCAACGAUGUUCGUCCUGUCAUUGCCAAGAGAUUCGGUAACAAGGAAUAAGAAAUCUCUUCCUUUUGUUUUCCUCUAUAGCUUGAUUGCAGAUUCUGGAUUUCUUUUACAGAUUUAGUCAUAGACUAGUUUAGUUCCUCAAGACUUGUUAGGUGCUAUUUAAUUAGUGAACCAUAGAAUAAUGAUCGGUGAUGUUAGUACACAAGUAAGAGUAACCCUUGUCUUAGCCAGGAUAAGAAUAGAUCAUCGGAAUCUUAACAGUCUGUUCUAAAUGUACAGUUGGUGAAGCUGAGAUACUUAAUGUAUAAAAAGUGAGUAAUUUU